GGGGGGGACAAGACGGGCACUGCUGAGGGGUCCAGUCCCAGGUGCCAGGCAUUGCAUGUGCUCUUGCACACACCCCUUGUUCUGCAGGGGGAAGUGCACGUGUGUGUGUGUGUGUGUGUGUGUGUGUGUACCCCGGACACCUGGGUUCUGUGUGCCCUCCCCCCCACACACACACAGUACCCUCAGGUGGGGGCUGCAAACACUGCCUUGGGUUGGAGCUAAUUGGGGCAGGGCAAUUAGCAGGGUCAAUUAGCAACUGCAUCCUCUCACCUGCCCCAGUGCCCUGGAGCAGAUAAAUAGAGCAGGGGGUGUGCGCGUUCCCCUCCUGCCCCCACCCCAGCUGUUGGGACAUGCUCUGUGUGAGUUUGCGUGCGAGACCCAGAUGCCUGGGGUGCGUGCGUGUGUGAACGUGCAUGCACGCACGCAUGAGUCCCGGAUGCUUGCGGGGGGAGGGGGUGUGUCCUAGAUGUCUGGGUUCUCUGGGUGUGUGUGUGCACACGUGUGUCGGAUGCCUGAGUUGUGCGGCUGUGGUGGGGUGCCUGGGUGUGCCCCGGACACCUGGGUUUUGUGGCCGUGGGCGUCUCCCGGACCCCUGGUUCCCUGGGACCGUGUCGCAGGGGGGUUGCACCUUGCAGCUGAGUCUGGGGCAGCCCUGGGGGACUUGGCUGGGGCGGGGCUCCCCCAACCUGAGCCCCCCAUCUCUUCCCUGCCCAGAGCGGCUGCAACGUCCGGCUGGGAGCCCGGUGCCGCCUCGGACACCCUGGAUCUGCCUCGGUUCCUAGUGGAGGCCUGUGAGGCCCUGCAGCCGCACCUGGGCACCCCGGGGCUCUUCCGCACCGCCGGCUCAGUGGCCAGGAUCAGGGCCUUAAAGGCCCGGGUGGCGGGGGGCGAGCCCUGCCUGGGGCUGGCGGCACCCUGCGACGUGGCCGCGCUGCUGAAGCGGUUCCUGCGGGAGCUGCCGGAGCCCCUGGUGCCGCCGGCGCUGCAGGAGCCCCUGUGCCAGGCCCAGCGAGAGCCGGACCCCGACCGUGCCCCCCUCACCCUGCUGCUCACCGGCCUCCUGCCCCCCGCCCACGCCUGCGCCCUGCGCUACCUCUGCUGCUUCCUGCGCCGCGUGGCUGCCAGGUGUGAUGAGAACAAGAUGGAUGCCGCCAACCUGGCAGUGAUUUUCGCCCCCACCCUGUUCCCGGGGCCGAGCUGGGGGCUCCGGCUGCAGCUGCAGGCAGCCGCGGUGCAGACCCUCAUCCAGGAGGCCCCCAGCAUCGGCUGCGCCCCCCAGGCCCUCCUGGACGAACUCCUGGCCCCAGAGCUCGGCGAUGCAUCGGUGGCGGAGACGACCCCAAGGCCUCGCUGCGACGGUGGCCCUGCCCCGGCGCUGCCCCCCAAGAGGAAGGCAUGGGGGGCACCCCCCGGCUGUGGGAAGUGGUGGCCGGCAGCUGACGAGGCUGGAGACCCCUUCGAAGAGCCCCUGGGGGCAGAGCCAGCGCCAGAACCGAGGAGUCUGGCCUGGGGUCCCAGGCAGGAGGCCCCCAACGGGAUGUAUCAGCCUGCGCCCAUUGCUCCUUGGGACACCUGGGUCCCAGAGCCCAGCAGCUGGAGCCAGAUGAAGAGGAUGGUGGCCGAAGCCCUGUGCCCCCCCUGUGGGCCGAGCGGAGACCUCCCACCUGAAGACCGGGCCGCCCUCCUGCACCGGCGGCUGCGGCGCUCCCUGAGCUGGCCAGAGGACUCGAGGUGCCCCGUGGCCCCCCCUCUCCCCUCCCCAUCCCAGGUGCCCGAGGUGGGCCCGUGCCCCAGUGGCUGCCUGUGCAGCUCCUGGCGCGGCCGGCGCUCCUGCAGCCAUGAGCGGCCCCAGGGGGCCGGGGCCAGGCCCCGCUGUGUGCGGGGGGUCCUCCGGGCCUGUGGGCGCCUCCUGGCCUGGCGCCGGGGUCGCAAGCCCUGGGCCCCCCCCAGCUGGACAGGCAUGCGGGGGGCUGUGCCUGUGACGAUGCAGGGGUCAUGUAUGUUCCCGGUGUGACCGGCGGUGGGGGGGAUCCAGCUCCCUUGAGUUUUAGCUUGAUGUGUCCAGUGGUGCUAAUAAACUCUGGGGUUUCCACCCCAAAAGUU